UGGAGACGAGAGUGACGCCAGUUUCUGCAUUCCUUGCUUCCUUCCUCUGUCUUGGAGCCACCCACAGUCCCUCUCGUCUUCCCCGUCGCUUCUUCCGUGAAAGGAAUCUCCCUUGCUCGCUCCAUAGCCCCCUCCCACGCCGUUUUCCUCCUCCAGCCUCGUUUCGUCGCCUAUACCUACCUUCCAGAAGGGAGGGCUAGGCUGCACUGCAUGCCCGCGUCGCGAAAAUAGGAGCUCCCAAAGCUGGCCAAGCUCUACUCCUCUGCCCCGUCCUACCUUUCAUUUCUUCCCUUCCUUCCCUUUGAGUCUUGAGUUCUGCACUGCACUCCACUCCUGAGCCUGACCUUCAAGCUUGCCUCACGCCUGAUCUUCCAGCGCGGGUCGACCUACAGCAAGGGCUGCAGCCGUUCCUCGCCGUACCGUAACCGCGCCGACCACCUCGCCAGCCGGAGACACACGAUCGAUAGAGGUCGGAGGAGACACCACUAGGAGCUGGUGGUGCACCGUUUACACAGCGGGUGAACUCGCCACGGGGUCGGCCGGGAAACAGCGGCGGUAUCAGCCAGCCGAGAAGUCGUCAGUUGCCUAUCAUUUCAACAUCAAGAUACGAAAGUAUCAUCAUCUCACCGGCCGGUACCCGCCACACUGCUCACGCGACGGGUAGACCAGCCGAGCAGGGGCCAGGAACAGCGGCGAUAUCUGCCGGGAGGGAAGCCGUCAGUUGCCUUGUGUAACUGCAAGUAUCAUCAUCUCACCGGCCGGUCAGUGUAUGUGGUAGCAGAGAGCGGUGCAGCUUGAGGUGAUUAAACCCGUGUUGUUGAGCGUUGGAGGCAGGAGGCCGGCCAGCAGAGAGAGAAGAGGGAAAGAGGAAGAUGUUGGCCUGCAUCGCGUGCUCCGCGAAGGAAGGCGGGGAGGACGGCUCCCGUGCCGCGGCCACGCCGGCCGUCCGGUCGCUCACCUCACAGCUCAAGGACAUGGUGCUCAAGUUCUCGGGCUCCAGCAAGCAUUACAAGGGGGCGGCCGCCGGGAGCCCUUCUUUCAGGAGCUACCGGCGUCCCUACCCGGGCUUCGUUGACGACACUACCUACACGUCGACGGGCAGGCCCGCGUGCGACGCCGGCGCGUACGCGAGGACUACUGCAGCCGCUGCGAGCGGGAGCGCACGGGCAGCUUCGUCGGCGACGUGGGACAUGACCGGCCGCGGAUGGCCGGGUGUUGACGAGGAGGACGGCGGCGAGAUCGUCGCCGCUGGGGUGGAUGCGGCCGUGCCUAGGGAGUGGAUGGCGCAGGUGGAGCCCGGCGUCCAGAUCACCUUCGUCACGCUCCCCGGGGGCGGCAACGACCUCAAGCGCAUCCGCUUCAGCCGUGAGAUGUUUAACAAGUGGGAGGCGCAGCGGUGGUGGGGAGAGAACUACGACCGCAUCGUGGAGCUGUACAACGUGCAGACCUUCAGCGGCCGGCAGCAGGGGGCCUCCACUCCGACGUCCUCCGUCGACGACUCGCUUCUGAGAGAUUCGUCCUAUUCCCUGGGCGGCUCCACGCGGGAGAGCCCGGUAGUCGCCAUGCCAUCGUCGUCGAGCAAAGACCCCAUGCCCCGGAGCGUGUCGUGCAAGGCGAUGAUGCCGCCGCCGGCGGGGCCUUACGGGGCGGGGCCAUCCACCAGGGCGGCCUACUACCCGUCCGCGGCGGCCGUGCCCGACCCGUCCGACCACGUCUGGGCGCACCACUUCAACAUGCUCAACUCCGUGGCGGCCGGCGGGCAUUCCUCCUACGACCCGUCGCGCGCCACCACCUCCUCCCGCGACGAGGCCUCCGUGUCUAUCAGCAACGUCAGCGACAUGGAGGCGACGGAGUGGAUCGAGCAGGACGAGCCCGGCGUCUGCCUCACCAUCCGUGAGCUCGGCGACGGCACCCGCGAGCUCCGCCGCGUCCGGUUCAGCCGGGAGAGGUUUGGCGAGGACAGGGCAAAGGUGUGGUGGGAGCAGAACAGAGACAGAAUACAGGCGCAGUAUCUGUAGUUGAUCUGGUUAAGGUAGCGGCGUUGGAGAUAGAUUAAGGGAGAUAACGGUGGAAAGAGUGUGAAGAUGGGAUAACCGGAUAGGUGGAAGCAAACUAGUGGUGAACGUGGUGCUCGGCUUGGUGAAAUGUGGAGGUUUCGUUUGAAUUUAAAUGUGCUCCUCAGCUUUGUGUAGACUUUAGACAUGUAUAAACCUGAUAUGCUCGCCCGUCUUUGGCUUAGUUUACCUUUUCUAAGGCAUCGACGUGGUUCAUUCGUUGGUUUGAUUUAAUGUUAAGUCCUUGCGUUUCUUUGUGGGA